GAUAAAAUUUGUACGUCAUUCAUUUGAGGUUAAAGAAAGUCAAAAUCGCGUGAAAAUCUAUCGUUGUCAUAACUAAUAACUAGUGAAACUUUUGGACUUGGCAUGUUACGUAUCCAAAUCUUCGAAUGAAAUAAUUUCAAAGUAAGUAAUGGAGUAUGAAUGUGAAGAACAAGAAGAAGAAAUUGUUUUUAAAGAAGAAUGCUUAAAUGGCCCCCUUGCGCUUAAAGUAGGUAAUAAUGAAGGUCUUGGUUCUUUUUUCUACAAAACAAUGUUCGAAAAUAUGGGCAGAAUAUAUCAGGUAGAUUCCUCAACCGGCAAAGUAGAAACCUGCGGAUCAAUAAGAGAAAGGGCAAUCAAAAUAGCAACAGAGUUAAAACAUAUGAAUGUAACACCUGAAGACAUCAUUAUGGUAUGCGUUAGACUCCAUCCAGAACAAGCCACGAUACUACUUUCGAUUUUCCUACUUGGUGCAAUAGUUGCUCCAAUAGAUCCCGAAAUGACUUUGACUGAGAUGAAGGAAACCUUGAUUAAAUUACGCCCAAAAGUGAUAUUUUGUGAUUUAAGAAACGCUGCUCACAUUGAAAGGUCCCUGAUGGAAGCAAAACUCUACAAACAAGUCCAUGUGAUUCACAUAGGAGGCGACCCAACGAGCAAAAAGUCACUCGAUUCAGUUUUGGUGAAGGAACCAGACAUCAGCUUCCAGCCAACCAUUAUACAAGAUUCAAAGAAGAAAAUCUGUUUGAUUAUCGCAACCCAAGGGACUACAGGAUCACCAAAACUUGUCUGCCAUUCCGAUUAUGCUCUAACAUACCAGAUAUAUUUACACAGACAGAUCAUCCUCGAAACAACUAGCAGACUGCUGUCAUUCUUUCCUCUCAAUUGGAUUCUGCAAGUUGUGUUAUGUUGCCUUUGUUAUAUCACAUCCAUUGUUAAAGUGUUACCGUCGUCCUACUCAGAACGAGCAAUAGUGCGAUUGAUCCAUGACUACAGAAUCGACACUCUGAUUAUCAGUACAAAGGAUUGCCUAAAGAUUGUCAAACACGACUCUGUUAAUGAUUUUAAUCUCGAUUGCCUUAAGAAUAUUUUUAUUGGAGGCGACAUUUCAACUCCACUGGAGAUUGUUAAUAUCCACAGAAAGAUAAACGGGGCGAGAUUAAUUCAAUUCUUUGCACUAACCGAGAUGUGUGGAACAGUUGCUUCAUUUGUUAGCGAAUCUUUCGACUUCAUGAGUCCAGCAUCAACUGGAAAACUCAUGCCUGGGUUUAAAAUAAAAAUUGGCGAUCUAAACACCAGAGUAUCCCAACCUCCAAAUACUUGGGGGGAACUUACCAUUACUGGACCAAGUGCCAUGUUGAAAUACUUCAAAGGGAACAUUCCAUCUAGCAUUUAUAUGGAAAAAGGGUAUUUUAGAACGGGAGAUCUAGCAGAAUACGAUUCUCAAGGACAUUUAUACGUGCUAGGAAAAGUUACUGAUUUAAAGGAGACAGAAUCAACGAAAUUUUGUUUACUUGAAAUCGAAGAAAUCUUAAUGGACCAUCCGCUUGUUUCAGAAGUUGCCGUUAUUGCCGACAAUAAAGACAUAAUUGCUUGUGUUGUAAAGGUUGAAUAUUCAAAUUUGACCGUGAAAUCGUUAGAAGAAUUUAUUGAGCAAAAUCUCGCACCCCAAAUGAGACCUACUAAAAUCAAGAUACUAUCUGAAUUUCCGAAGACGAACAUAGGAAAGACCAGAAAGAUAAUUUUGGAACAAAACUAUUUAAAAGUUCCAAUUCAGCGUAGUAUUGGCAAUUUAAGUGUUUAAAGUUAAGAAUAAAAUUUAUGAUAUACCACCUGUACAGAAAAGAAAAGAUAUUAAAUUUGGUAUCAUUAAAUAUACGUAUAAUUAAUAAUUUGAACAUUGUUCGCCAUUAAAUCUUGUCAUAGAUCUUGUAAAAUCCAAAGUUAUACAUUCAAGCAUUUCGAAGAACAAAAUAUUGUAAUGAUUAUCUUUAUCGGAGAAUAAAUUUGAUUAACGCUAUAUCUACCUAAAGUUACUUUGAUUACCUUGAAACAAUAAUUUAUUAACUACGCCAGACUUGAACAUUUUUGGCACCGUAUAAAUAAACUACAUAACUUAUUUAAUUUGGUGCUUGAACAAAGGUACCCCCUCUGAAAGUUAAAGAGAAUGCGCAAUUCCUAUUAAUGUUUUUCUGUAUUAUUUGAGAAAGUUUGUGAAAAGAUUCAUUAUGUUUUCGACCUGAUACAUAGAUGAGGCAAGUAGUUCUAAUUUCGUACUGUCGUUCUAUAAAACAUCCAUCCCUUAAUAACUUAAUUGCAUACCAAAUUUCAAGUCAAUAAGCCUGCAAUAAUACAUCUAAUGGCAUGGUAAAGAAAACCCCAUGUCAUUUUUAUUGGAGAAAUAAGGUUUGAAACUCUCAAUACUAAGACUCCUAUCAGAAGCUUUCAAUGAUAAGACUACGGAUUUCUGAAUGUAUCAAGUAAUUUAGAAGUGCUAAUGAAGAAAAUUUAUCAAGAUUCCGGCGACACCCAAAUGGAAUUCCUGUUAUUUUAUUGCGUCAAUUCACAACUGCGUAUGAGAUUUUGAUCCACUACUACUUCUUAAAGUAUACAACAGUUAGAGCAAUAUUGAGCGUCAGGUGAACUAAUCCCAAAGAAGAAGGAACCAUUUUGUCAACGAAUAAGGCCAGAUAUACGAUAAAAGGAAUAUCAUUUGUUGAUUACCUCUGGAAUAAUAAAACCGUCAAUGUUAAGUACCACUUACCAACUUACUACAAAGUUUGAGUGGCGAAUAAAAGGGAAGACAACUACAUCCGGCGAAAAAUAGAUUUCGUCUUCCCAUUGCAAUGCACCAGAACACACGUCAGUUGUAGCAAUGCCUAAAAUCAAUGAAUUAAAGUCUGGACUAUCUCUCCAACCGCUUUAAUUGCCAGAUUUAAGACCCAGUGACUAUCUACUAUUACCUAUCUGUAAAUGGGCGAAUAGCACUAUGAAAUAUAUAUUACUGUAUAAGAGCACUGUUAUAAAAUACGAAAAUAAGC